AUGACAAAUACUGUGGUGGUAGUUGGUGGAACAGCAGGUACUGGAAAGACCACUAUUGGUGAGGAGAUUGCUAAAUCUCUUGAUUGUCCCUUCGUUGAAGGAGAUCAAUUACACCCACAGUCAAACGUUGAGAAGAUGAGCCAAGGUAUCCCACUUACAGACGAUGAUAGAUGGGGCUGGCUGGAGGAAGUUGCUCAAGAAGGUUCCAAAAGGGCUGAAACGAGCAGUAUUUCAGUUGUAACAUGUUCUGCUUUGAAGCAAGUGUACAGGGAUUUGAUUCAAAAGGUUGCAAAUAAUGCCAAUGUCAUAUAUGUCUUCCUAUAUGCAUCAAAAGAAGAACUCAUCAAGAGAACAAACGCAAGAUCAGGCCAUUUUAUGAAGAGUACAAUGAUUGAAUCACAGCUGGAUACAUUGGAAUUGCCUACUGGGAACGACAACGCUCUUUGUAUCGAUGUUGAAAACAAAUCUGUUGAAGAGAUUAAACAACUUGGUUUGGAGUUUAUCAAAACUAAAGUGUAA